AUGAGCAGAUUUGUGUAUAAGCAAAGCAACUCAGAUCAUACCCUGUUCUUCAAAAGGAGAAAAGGAUUAAUCACGUGUCUGAUCAUUUAUGUUGAUGAUAUGAUCAUAACUGGAGAUGACAAGGAAGAAAUAGCCAAGUUGAAGGGAAAGUUAUUCCUAGAAUUUGAAAUGAAGGACCUUGGAAGUCUUAAAUACUUCCUAGGAAUUGAGGUACUCAGAUCAAAGAAAGGUACCUUCAUUUUUCAAAGGAAGUAUGUCCUUGAUCUUUUGACAGAAACUGGAAUGAUAGAUUGUAAGCCUAUAGACACUCCAUUGAUGAUAAAUCAUGGGCUUCAGAUAAUCGAAGGGGGAGAUUCAGUUGAUCGGAAAUUAUAUCAGAGGCUAGUUGGUAAAUUAAUCUACUUGUCUCAUACUCGACCAGAUAUGGCAUAUGCAGUCGGAGUAGUCAGCAGAUUCAUGCAUAAACCACAAAAGCAACAUCUUGAAGCAGUUUACAGGAUCCUGAGAUACUUGAAGAAAGCACCUGGAAGAGGAGUUUUAUAUGAGAAACAUGGUCAUUUGGACCUCCAUGCUUUUACAGACGUUGACUGGGGAGGAGAUCGCGAUAGCAGGAAAUCCACUUCUGGGUAUUUUACUCUAGUUGGUGGAAAUUUGGUCUCUUGGAAAAGUAAAAGGCAAAAAGUGGUUGCAAUGUCCAGUGCUGAAGCAGAAUUCAAAGGAAUAGGAAAAGGGAUCACUGAAGUCCUAUGGCUGAGAAAACUAGUAUCUGCACUGGGAUACAAACCUAAGAAGAGUUGCAAAUUGUAUUGUGACAACAAGGCUGCAAUUUAG